AUGUCGCAAGGAUUCGACCUGGACUAUCUCAGUCAUACGGAGAACGACAUGAACAACCGUCCGCCGUCGCCUUGCGCCGAGAACCCAGGUCGGGUCUACCCGCGUUCUGACCCCGCAAAAGCUGUCCGUCCACCACUCUUCGAGCGGUCCUCCCCACGCUACGUUGGCAACCCCUACCUCAUGAACGGUGCCUUCAAGAAGCUGGACCAUUCGCUCGGCGAGAUAAUCGCGUUGCUCGAAGGCGAAGAGGCCAGCUCCGUCCUUGAUGAGGAGAACCCGCUUUUAGAGAAGUUCCGCAUUUGGCGCGACGAGCUCGACGGCAUUCGCGCCACUGGUGGCCGUGCAAACAGCAAUGGCAGCGUCACACAGCUCCCCACACCCUCCCGCAGUCGCUCCCCCGUCCGUCGUGAAGGUGGUCUAUUCGUCGAUUAA